CCCGCUCUCGCGAGAGCCGCGCCCGGAAGCGGUCGAGCCGGUGCUGAGGGCCCGCCCGCCAUGGAGGCCCCGCGGGCGCUGCCGCUACUGUCGGUGCUCUCGGUGCUGCUCCUGCUGCUCCUGGGGCUCUGCGCCGCCGACGGCGGCGGAUCUCCCGCGGUGUCUCAGGGAGCCGGAGCAGGUGACAACGGGGAACACACCAACACAGUGAACGCAGCCCCAGGGAAUGGAGACGGGCAGCAAAACAACGGUAACUCUGACAAUGGCAAUGCCCAACCAGACACGAGCGGUGGGACCAACACGGAUGAAAACACGGCAAACAAACAGCAGGACAACAGUGUGACUGAAAACGGCAGCAACGACGACAAGGAGAAGAAAGAGGAGGCACAGAGAGGCAGCGACACAGAGACUGCUCAGGAGGGCCAAGGUGCCAAUGGCAGGGAUGGAACCAGCAAUGGAAGAGGUGGAGGACAAGGAGGUGGAAGCCAAAGCAGCAACAGCGGUAACACGGACAGUGGUAACACAGGCAAGACAGGCAGUGAGGGGCAGGACAGUGCAGGCAGCAGCACUGAUGCCCAGGGCAAUGCAGGGACCAGCAGUGAUGGGCAGGGCAGUGAUGGCCAGAACGGUAAAGAGUCCAACACUGCCAACACAGGCGGCCAAAGCAGUGGCACUAGUGGCCAGGGCAACACAGCGAGCAGCACUAACGGUGAAAGCAGCAGCCAGAGUGAAAACAAUCAGCAGAACAAUGUCAGCAAGAACGGCCAGGCUGGCAACCAGGCAGAGGGCACCAAGGAGAAGGACAGCGAGGAUGACAAGAACAAGAACGGCAGUGAGAAGGGCAGUGAGAACACAAAUGGCAGCACCAAGCAGAGCACUAACCAGGACAGCACCAACAAGGACAAGGGCGACAACAACAAGGGCACUGAUGGCAAGGACAACAAGAACACAAAUGGCAUCACCAACCAGAACAGCAACACCCAGGACAACACCAACCAGGAUGGCACCAACCAGGAGAAGGGCAACACCCAGAGUGGCACCACCCAGGAUGACAGUGACAAGAACAAGGCUACCAACGGGGCCAGCAGCCAAGGAGGGCAGCAGGCCCAGGCUGAGAGCCCGGGCAGUGCUGCUGGCGAGCAGCCCCACGGCCAGGACAGUGCUCAGACCUCCCAGGAGGAGCAGAGCGCCGUGUCACACUCUGCUGCCCCUGCUGUGGACGGUGACAGCUCCCUGGAGAACGAAGAGAGCACCCUGGAGGAGGUGGCCAAGGCUGAGGAGGGCAGUGACCCCUCCCAGGAGCAGGACAGGGACAGGAGUGUCCCCUCCCUGCCCAGGCCCCGCUCAGAGAGCAGCCACUUCUUUGCCUACCUGGUGACCACAGCUGUCAUUGUGGCAGCCCUGUACGUGGCCUACCACAACAAACGCAAGAUCAUUGCUUUUGCUCUGGAAGGAAAAAGAUCCAAAACUGGUCGGCGGCCCAAAUCUGGUGAUUAUCAGAGACUGGAUCAGAAGAUCUGAUUCCUGCUCAGAGGAUGGUGGGGAUGCAGUGCUGCCACAGCUGGAUUCCAGCGCACGGGAAGGAAGGAGGGGAGACGCUUUUUGUUUUGCACCUGCACCUUGAUAAAACCUCUCACUUCCCUGAAUUGCUCCUUUCCCAGCUGCCUUGUUUUCCCCCUGGGCGUUUGGCUGCUGGAAAAGCCAGACCCAGGAUUUGUGUCCCAGUGCAAUGGGAUUUGCCAUCUGCUGGACUGACCCCUCCUUUUGGGGGGAAUUGAGGAUCUGCUGCACAAUGAGCCACAGGACUGUCCCUUCCUGGGCACGGAGCUGCCUCGGUCUCCUCCUGCCCCUCCUUCUCCCCCUGCUGGGUUUGGGUUCUCAGGUUGGGAGCACCCGGGUUCUCUUGUUUGGCAUUGACCCAGCCCUGACUCAGAUUUGGGGUUUCUCUCCCUGAUCAGCCUCACACCCAGCUUCCCUUUCUCACACAGGCCUCUGUCCAUGCUGAAGCAGUUUUUGUAGCUCAAACCCGUCGUGCUCCAUGCAGGUCUCUCCCCUCCCAGUGCUCCCAGUGCUCCCAGUUCAGCUGUGUGCACUGCGGGUGUUGGUUGUGGUGUGGUGGAGGAGGGGGCAGGCCGGGCAAUCCAUGCCCUGAUGGCUCAGGGAUUCAGAUGGGAACAUUGCUUCCUGCCCUUGUCAGGUGUAGGAAGGAGGGAAUGUCAAUCCCUGAGGGGUUUGGGAUGAGGGAGGCUCCCAGUCCCUCCAGUGCUGGACUGGUGCUGGUCAGCCCAAGGGUUGGUGCCCCACUUACACCUGUGAGGUUUUCAUUCCUGCAGCUCUGCUCCCCACAGGUUUCUCCAAGCUGGGAUGUUUCUGGAGAGGGCACAAAGCACCUGCUUAGCUCCUGGUUUAGAUUUUUCCAGAAGAAAAAGGAUCUGAGGAGCCCAGAGCUCCUCACGUGGGUACCCAGCUGCGCCACAUCGGGUGCCAGGCGUGUGCCAGUCCUGCACUGACUGCAUGGAAGAGUCCCAGGAUGGUUAAAUUCCCGUUAAAUUGUUAAAAAAAUUAAAUUAAAUUUUUCUGGCCUUGCCAGGCUUGGGAACAAUCAGCUCCUCGCCCUGUGGUCACCCUGGACAAGGGCAGAGCUGUUUCCUGGUCACUGUGAAAGCUGCAGCUCUAGUUUUGAUUUGUUAAUGGUUCAUUCCAAGAGGGGAGAGAGGGCCUGGCCUUCUCCAAACCCUAAAACCAUCCUUUCCCUUUCUGCUGGCUCUUGGCAAGCCCCAGAGUCCCUCUUGGCUUUGAAGAGUUCUCAGGGUUUCCCUAGGAGACAUCCAGGCUGCUGAAAGGACUUGCAGGAGUUGUUUGGAGGGAGGGAAAGGGAAGCAGGGCUGGGAAUGCAGCUCUGGGGAAAAAGGGUGGGAACCUGCUGCCCCAGAGCCCCUGGGGGACCAGCCAGGCUGGGAUCAGCCCCUUGGGGAGGGGGACACUUCUGCCUUUUGGGCACAGCAGGGACACAAACCCUGCUGCAGCGUGUGGGGCUCCGUGUGCUGCUCUGGCCAGGGGUUUGGCGUGUGUGUGUGUGCUUUUUGGAGUGUGAGUGCUCUACGCCAGCUUGGUCCUGCUGUGUUGGUUUUUUAAUUGAAUAAUAAUUUAGAAAGGCUUUCUAUUUUUUCACCGUCUACUUGCUUUUCUGUGCUGGGAGCUGUUUCAAACCCUCUCUUGCUCCAGGCUGUGGGAAUCCCACCCUGCUGCCAGCAGGGCAGGGGAUCAUCUGGAGCUGGAGCAUCGAUCCCAGGCUGAGCCAAGCAUUCCUUGGGGUGGUGAGGACACAGCUCAGGGUCUGGGGACAGGCAGGGCUCGCAGCAGGCUGAACUGGGGGCUUUUCCCCCAAAAUCUCCCCUCCAGCACUUCCCGAGGCUGCUGUGUUCUGCCUGGGCUGCCCCAAACCUCUGGGGCUGCUCCAGUUUGUUGAGGUUUAUGGUGUUUGUGCCACGUGUCCCAAAGGGAUCAAGGUGCACAGGACCUUUUCCCUUUGGACACAUGUGUCUGAUGGUACAGAGGGGUUUUUGCCAAAUAUUCCUACUGUUUAGGCUUGAGCCAGCACAUGAUUUGUUUUCUGCUGCAGCGCAAUGCACCUUGCUUGGAAGGAUCAGAAUUUUUUACAACUCUUUGUACUGUUUUUUUUUUUUUUAUUUUCUGUGUGGUGAAAUCAGUAAAUGGAUUAAAAAAGA